UCCUCAGCUCCCAGCCGAGGUGCGGCGAGCCGGUGGGGGGACCGCGAGGCGAGCGCGGGAGCCUGGGCGGCGAGCGGGGUGUGAGCUGCCCGAAAAUGCACUCGGAUGCCGCCGCUGUCAACUUUCAGCUGAACUCUCAUCUCUCAACACUGGCAAAUAUUCAUAAGAUCUACCACACCCUUAAUAAGCUAAAUCUAACAGAAGACGUUGGCCAAGACGAUCACCAAACAGGAAGUCUGCGGUCUUGCAGUUCUUCGGACUGCUUUAGCAAAGUGAUGCCGCCAAGGAAAAAGAGAAGACCUGCCUCUGGAGAUGAUUUAUCUGCCAAGAAAAGUAGACACGAUAGCAUGUAUAGAAAAUAUGAUUCAACUAGAAUAAAGACUGAAGAAGAAGCGUUUUCAAGUAAGAGGUGCUUAGAGUGGUUCUAUGAAUAUGCAGGUACUGAUGAUGUUGUAGGUCCUGAAGGCAUGGAGAAAUUUUGUGAAGACAUUGGUGUUGAACCAGAAAAUGUAGUUAUGCUUGUCCUAGCUUGGAAAUUGGAUGCACAGAACAUGGGUUAUUUUACUCUACAGGAAUGGUUAAAAGGAAUGACUUCUCUACAAUGUGAUACAACAGAAAAACUCAGAAAUACUUUGGAUUACUUAAGAUCAUUAUUAAAUGAUUCUACAAACUUUAAACUUAUUUACAGAUAUGCGUUUGACUUUGCACGGGAAAAGGACCAGCGCAGCCUAGACAUAAACACUGCCAAAUGCAUGUUGGGACUGUUAUUAGGAAAAAUCUGGCCCCUUUUUCCAGUUUUUCACCAAUUCUUAGAGCAAUCAAAAUAUAAAGUUAUUAACAAAGACCAGUGGUGCAAUGUGCUAGAAUUUAGCAGAACAAUUAAUCUUGACCUCAGCAACUACGAUGAAGACGGAGCAUGGCCGGUUUUGUUGGAUGAGUUUGUGGAGUGGUAUAAAGACAAACAGAUGUCCUAGGACUUUAUGCAUAGCAGCGAGAGAGUCACUGUUACCACAGUUAUGUCAACCAUUAGCCAUAAAUUGCUGUUUGUAUCCAAGCGCAUGCUGCUUUUCUUGCACUGUCUCCCUUUUGCAGGGACGUUUUGGUGUUUGCGAUUGAAUGGGCCGGCUCUGCCUCCUGUGUAGCAUUGUUCUCUUGGAAGGCUGCUUUGCAGUUUGUAUUUACACUACAGAUUGGUGAAUUUGCCAACGUCCUCACUGUGAUUAUGUGUAUAUUGCUGUUUAAAUUUUGUAUAUGUGUAUAAAAAGAAAAAGCUUCACCUAGAGAUUAUUUCUGCAAAAAUGUAUUGUAAAAAUAAUUUUUGUGGCAUAUUUCUAGUCCCUUUUUUCAAAUGAACCAAUUAUGCUUUAUUUGGUCUCAAAUGUAGCAUUUCAGAAAACAAGACAACUGUUACCAUAAGCAAAUGUUGCCAGAAUUUACCUUAUUGUUUAAGAGGCCAACUUGUGGAAGGGGGUGGGGUCUUAACUUUUCAGAGGCAUAUGCCAAAUAUAAUUUGGUCUACUUAAAUGUUAGCAUUUUUAAAUGAGGAAAGUUAUAAUUACUUGAACUUAUAGACAUGUACCAUGCCACAAAUCAUUUCCACCAUGCAGGGUAUAGGUUUUUAUUUUCUAAUGUUAACGCUGUAGUAGUUUGAAUAUAGGUACAAAUGAACAAAGUAAAAUUGCACCUUUUUUAAAAUGAGUUUUAAACUCUUAUAAACUUUCUUUAGUGUUUUUUUUUCUUUUGCAUUCUUCUAGUCAGUGUUUGGUCUGCUGAUGCUUUCUCCGCCAUUCUAAGUAAAAUUUAUUUUGCCUCCUCUCUGAAAACCUAAUGGUUUGCUGGCAAUUUAUAACUGCAGAGCACUUUUAGUUGUGGCUUGAAUUUUGAGUUAAGCUUUCAUGGUGUCUAGUUUUCUAGUUUUUUGGAAAAAGAACUAUACUAUAAAUGAGAGGUGUUUUGUUUUGUUUUGUUUUCCUUUUUUGUUUCUUUCACGCUAGGCUUUUCCUGGCAGCAUGUCCACUGCAGGCAGU